AUGAGUUUAUAAUUUGAAAAUUCACAAUCAUUAAAAUUUAUUAGAUUAAGGAUUAUAUUUUAUAUAAAGGGCUUUUUAAUUGAUAAUAGAAUAUAAAUAAAUUUGAUGAUUAAUUAUAAGGGGAAAUUAUCAAGACCUCAUCUAAUUAUAAUUUUAAUAAUGUUAAAAAAAUUUAAAGUACAAGUAUUACUUGCACUAAUACUUAUGAUCUAAUUAGAAUAGAAGCAAUUCUUCGAACUUACUAUGUUACUCCUAAACUCAUUUUAAAAGGAGUAUAGUUAACAUAAGCAAUUUCGACAUGGGAUUCAGAAAUAUAACAAUUGA